AAGAUUUUUAAUAAAUGGGUGUGAGAGUGACUUAUAGAAGAAGAACAAGCUACAAUACAAGAUCAAAUAAGAUCAGAAAAGUAAAGACCCCAGGUGGCAAUGUUGUUGUUUAAUAUCCAAAUAAGAAGACAACUGCAUCUACAUGUGCAGAUUCUAAUUUGAAUGUUGUUUUAAAUGGAUUAAAGAGAAUCAGACCCACAAAACUAAAGCAACUCGCAAGAAGAUAGAGAACAGUUUCAAGACCAUAUGGUGGAGUAUUGAGUGCCGGAGCUCUUAAAAAUAGAAUCAUCAGAGCAUUUUUAGUAGAGGAAGUCAAAAUCGUUAAGUAAAUUAAGAAAUGAUACAUUUAUACAACAAUGAAAAAAUAAUAACAAUCAAUGUUCUGACUGCAAAGGUUCGACCAAUUGAUCAAUAAUCA